CUGGGCUAGUUUGACUCCAGCAUUUAUUUUGCAACACUAGAGGCAACGAGAAACAGAGAGAGAGACAGACAGACAGACAGAGAUAGAGACAAAGAGAGGGACAGAUAGAGAAGGUGAGAGAGGGAGAGAGAGAGAGAGAGACGGAGAAAGAGAAAGAGAAAGAAGUAAAGUUUGAGGGAGAGAAAAUUAGAGUUACUAUGAAUGAAGAUGUAGGACUGAGGGUGAGAUAGAGCGCAGCGAGACAGAGGAGGAUUCUCAUACAGUUAACACAAUCUACAUCUGUAAAUGAAGCAUUGCUAAUGGAUUUGUUGUCUCUCUUAUAUUCUGUCUGCCACACUGUUUUACAAGCAGCCGAUCCAUAAUGAAUUUGUUUGGAUUUUACUAUCUGCUACUAUUUAUCAAUACAUAUCCUAGCCAUCUGGUAAUGAUACCCGAAGCAAACGUAUUAUCAUGUUCGGAUGUUAAAUGUGAAUUGAAUGAAAAUAAAACCUGUGUCUGUAGUGACUUCAACAAUGCUAAUAACAGUCGAGACCUAUCAGAAAUGUACGAUCGUUACUAUUCAAAUUUCGAUAAACUAAACUCUAUAAAGAUUUGCAGUGAAGAAUAUGUGGACGAUAAAACAAUUAGAGAAAAGUGUGAAUCUCAAAGCAACUCCUCGUUAUUUAAUGUUUAUGUAACCAGUCGUAAAACAGGGAAAGUCUAUCGAAAUAAAUACUGCGCUUUAUGCAAUAACGAGGAUGAUUUUAUAUUCUGGAAUUUGAAAAUAAACAGCGUGGAGUGUUUAAAUUAUAUCAAAUAUCCGAAUAUCACAUUUGAUUCAAGUAAAUGUGAGUGGUCAUUUAGACAUCCACCUUUUCCUUUUCAUAACAGUCGUUGUCCGAAAACUAUUGAUUGCUGUUGCAAUAAUAAUAAGGAAAAUGCUUUAAAUGAAAGUUCUCGUGAUCUAUUUUAUGAAAACCUGUGCUGCAAUUCUUCUACUAUAUAUACAAUACCAACCAUUCGAAGUAAACAUCAUCCUACAGGCUACAAAUUUACUAUAUCAUUCAGGAUACUUAUCGACUUUAAUGACGAAAACUUUUGGGAUACAAAUAUGGGAAAAAGUGGUAAACUUUGUCCUGAAAAUUCUGUUUUUGAUCAUUAUUUAGGUAAGUGCCGUAAGUCGUACGAUGCUAAUCGCAUUACCAGAAACGAUCGUCUAAACUGUACAACAUUAAUCGAACUAAAUUCUACCGAGUAUUUUCUUUUAGAAAACCAAACCCUUUUCCACAACGCUACUGAAAGUUUUCACAGUCAGGAUUUCUAUAUUAUAAAUAACAGUCGUGUUUAUAUUUGCCAAGAACGCGUGUUAGAUAGUCCUGGAUAUGGAGGAACUAUCAUUCUUACGAAAUCUGAAUUCUAUAUAUCAUUGACUGGAACUAUGAUAUCCGUUAUAGCUUUAGCUGUGUACUUCAUCAUGUACCUUGUUUUGCCGCCACUCCGAAAUUUAUCGGGUCGAAUUAACGCUUCAUUUGCAUUGUCACUAUUUAUCGCAGAUAUAUGUUUCCUUAUUGUAUUACUAAUUGGAGAAUUUCCAGGUUUCUGUUAUUGGGUUGCUGUAUGUAUACAAUAUUCCUUUUUGGCAUCCUUUUUCUGGAUGAAUGUCAUAAGUAUUAGUGUUUAUAUAUCAAUUUGCCACAGAACUGCUCAUCAUGUAAUGCUCUUGAACAAGAAUAGGACAUUUUUGCUAUGCUCUCUUUACGCUUGGUUUACACCUUUACUCAUCAUAAUGCCUGCAUUAUUACUGGACAGGUACGAUCCGACAUCUAAGUUCGCACCUCAAUACGGGCGAGGUACUUUUUGCUGGAUGAGUACGCCACUGAGUAUUUUAAUCUUUUUCGACAUUCCGAUGGCAGUGAUAAUUGUCAUCAAUAUAAUUGUUUAUAUACGCACGGCUUCCGAAAUUUGUAGAGCUCGAUCUGUCAUGAAGGCACAGCCUAAAAAGCAAACUAUGUUCACAAUCAUUAUAAACGUGAAAUUAUGUUGCCUCACUGGAGCUAUGUGGAUUUUUGGUUACAUUUCAAUCACAUCAGAUGUACAAUUUCUUCGGACACUCUACGUGCUUUUAAAUGCAACUUUCGGAUUAUGGGUUGCAUGCUGCUUUCUUUGCACGGAAACUGUAGCUAAUCUGGCCAAAGAAAAAAUCAGAUCUGUAACUGCAUCUGCAAGUUAAUGUAAAAUAUAUAAACAGACAUGUAAGCAAUCAGUUUACGGAAUACAAAGUAUUCUAUUAAAGUUACUGUUACAAAGUUUGUUUGAAUAAACCAAAAUAUACGCACAAAAGUAUCAUACAUAUAAACUGAUACAUUUAUAUAUAUAUAUAUAUAUGUACAUAUAUAUAUAUAUAUGCGUGUGUGUGUGUGUGUGUGUGUGUGUGUGUGUGUGUGUGUGUGUGUGUGUGUGUGUGUGUGUGUGUGUGUGUGUGAGAGAGAGAGAGUAAUAUGUUGACCGAAAGUCAACCGACAGUAAAUCGAAAUUCCAUAAAUAUUAUCUGUAAUACUGUAUUCACUCGAAUGGGAAAAUAUGUCAACAGAGAUGGACUUCGGUUUCAACAAUUUUCAUGACGUUUCACAUUUAGAUGCUUUUAUUAAAUUCAUUCAGAAAUUAAGCAUAAAUGAAUCUCGGAAUUAAAUGCUUGCGAUUUACUGUCCGGUGACUUUUGACCAGCAAUGUAUAUAUGUGUGGGUGAGUGUAUGUUUGCGUGUGUAGUGUGAAAAUGGGGAAGGGAGAAAGGGAGAAAGUGGUUGGUCAGUUGUAGUGUGUGCGUGGUGUGAUGCGAGGGUAUUGGUGUGGUGUGAUGUGAUAGAUAUAUAUAUAUAUAUACAUAUUAUAUAUAUAUAUAUACAUAUAUUUAUUUAUAUAUAUAUAUGUAUGCAUGUAUGUAUGUAAGUAUGCAUAUAAACACACACACACACACAUAUAUAUAUAUACGAUAUACAUAUAGACAUAUAAUUAUAUAUAUAUAUAUAUAGAUAGAUAGAUAGAUAUGCAGGGCAGGGAAUCGUCAAUUAGUAAUAAAAUUAAUAAUUAACAAUUUUGCCGGGUAGCUCAGUAUGAAAAAACCUUUUCGGUAAAAAAACAUUUAUAAUCAUAAAUAUAUAGGGAUUGACAAAAAUAUCGCUAUCAAUCUGGAGUAAUAAUUUGUAGUUUUGAAAUCAGUAGUUCUUUGACUGCUAUUUCUGA